AUGCGAGUAGAAAGUUGUUCGGUUUGUUUGGAUGAUUUGAGUGAACAUGUGGAGGCUAAAUAUCGUUGCAAUGAUUGUGGAUUGUUUUAUUGUUCUGGUGAUGGAAAGAGACAUGCAAAGAAACAUCCCGAUCACGUUGUGGAAGAAUUGAUGCAUAAUAAUUCAUCAUCAUUACCAAUUAAUAAUUUAAUUUUGAAUCAUCAUGAAAUUUGUCAUGUUCAUGCUUGUCCGAUCAAUACUUAUUGUAAAAAUUGUCAACAAGUUAUUUGUUCUGCUUGUGGUUUGGAGAUGCAUAAAUUGCAUGAUUGUUUCUUGAUUGAUCAAAUUUACAAUGAAGAGAAAAUUAAAUUCCGAGUCGAUUUGGAAACCUUGCAAAAGAGAGUUUUGCAAUUUGAUAACUUGAUUGGUGGGAGUGCAAAAUUGGAUGAAACACUACAUCAAAUUGAAAUUCGAAAAAUUGCUGAGAUGGAUUUAAUUGAUGAACUCUUCGAUGAAGUAAUUAACAAGACCAAUAGUAGAAGAGAAUACUUGAAAAAGUCAUUAAAUGACAUGGCCGUGGAAAGAAUUAACUUGAUUACAGAGAUUUUAGAAAUGAAGCAAGUAAUUGAAAAGGAAGCUCUUAUUAAUAUUGAUAAAAUUGAAGAAAUGUCAAAGAUUGAUCUGAUUAGAAACAAGAUAUUGUUACAAAAGAAAAUUUAUAGCACCUAUGACAAGAUGGAAAACAAUUUGAGAUUUAGUAGUGCAGAACAAUUGAACAACUUUUGUUUGGAAAGUGACAAACACAAGCUUAAAGUAAUUUUGGAUUCAAUUGAAAAUUUGGGAAGAGUGAAUGCUAAUAUUCCAUCAACUACUUACCUUCUCAAUCGCCAUUUAGAUCCAAUCCAAGAUAUUAUUCCUGAUGAAUUUUACUAUGACAGAGAUAAUGUUACAAAAGAAGCAAAUUUAUUUACCAAAACCUCAUAUUCUGGACAUUCUGUAGUAAUUAGUUCAAUGAAGAUUAGUGAAGGAGUUGUAGAGUGGAGAGUUGACUUGAAAAAUAUUUGUAAAUGGAUUGGUAUUGGUGUUUGUCAAAAGUCUGUAUUUGAUAAUAAGGAUUUUACAUGUUUUAAAUCUCCAUUCAACAACCACAACUAUGACGUUCUCACAAGUAAUAGAUAUGUCUUUUCUUGUUCUGACAAGACUCUCAAUAAUACUCUGCGAGGAUUGGACUUUGUUGACUCUAAUGAAAUAUUUUGUGAAGUUGAUUGCAACACAAAAACCCUCACCAUAAGGCAAGGAGCACAACAAAGAUUUUCCUUACAAGGACUCCAAUUGCCAGUUUAUCCAAUCAUUGUCUUACUUACUAAGGGAUGUUCUGCCUCUAUUAACUUUUAA